UCCAGUGAGAAAAUACAUUCAGUAACAGAUUCUCCAAAACUAUUGUUUCUAGUGUAGAGCUAUGGACAUCCCCAGCACUUUACUUUUGUUGGGUUUAGUAACAGCUCUGUUAAUAUUGCUCAGAUGGAGGAACAAGCCAAACAAUCUUCCUCCUGGACCUACAGCUUUGCCUCUAGUUGGAAACAUUCUUACUAUGGACAACCGUGCACCCUUUAAAACCUUUCUAAAGUGGAGUAAGACGUAUGGUCCCGUGAUGACUGCGUAUUUGGGACCCCAGAGAGUCCUUGUCCUGGUGGGUUAUGACACAGUGAAGGAGGCCCUUGUUGACAACGCGGAUGAUUUCGUUGGCAGAGCCCCAGUUCCUUUUGCGUUUAGAAUUCUGAAAGGAUAUGGGCUUGUUAUCAGUAACGGAGAGCGUUGGCGUCAGCUCAGGAGGUUCUCGCUCACUACACUGAGAGACUUUGGGAUGGGACGCAAGAGGAUGGAGAGCUGGAUACAGGAAGAGAGCAGACACUUGCAGGAAAUCAUCAACAAAACAAAUGCUUCUCCAUUUGACCCUAUGUUCAACCUGAGCAGAGCUGUGUCCAACAUCAUCUGCGCACUGGUGUUUGGCCAGCGCUUCAGUUAUGAAGACAGUCAAUUCCUGCGUCUGCUCCAGAUCAUCUCCAGUGUACUGCAGUUUGGAAGCAGCUCAUGGGGACAGUUGUAUAAUAUCUUUCCAUGGCUGAUUGAGCGACUUCCUGGUAAGCACCUCAAUGCUAUUGACCAAGUGGAAGAAGUCAAGGCUUUUUCUAGACGCAGAGUACAAGAGCAUAAAGACAGUUUGGAUCCCGACAACCCACGAGACUUCAUUGACUGCUUCCUUAUCCGACUCAACGAGGAAAAGGACAAUCCCAAUACAGAGUUUCACUUUGACAAUUUGAUCGCCACUCUCUUAAACUUAUUCCUCGCUGGAACUGAGACCACCAGCACUACAAUCAGAUAUGCUCUGAUGUUACUGAUCAAGCACCCUGAAAUACAGACUCGCAUGCAGAAAGAGAUCGACGCCGUGAUUGGACGAGAGAGGAGCCCUUCAAUGGAAGACAGGAAGUCCCUACCAUUUACUGACGCAGUGAUCCAUGAAGUGCAGCGCUAUGUGGAUCUUGUGCCGCUCAAUGUUCCACAUUACGCCACACAUCCCAUUAAAUUCAGAGGCUACACGAUUCCCAAGGGCACGAUAAUCCUCCCCUUGCUUCACUCGGUUCUGAGGGAUGAGGAACACUGGGAGAAGCCCUGGACAUUUAACCCCAAACACUUUUUGGACACAGAUGGCAACUUUAAAAAGAACCCUGCUUUCAUGCCUUUUUCUGCAGGUAAGAGGUCCUGUGUGGGUGAGUCUCUGGCACGCAUGGAGCUGUUUAUUUUCCUGGUGUCUCUGCUGCAACAUUUCACCUUUACCACACCUGGAGGACCCGAGAGCUUGGACAUCACUCCUGAAAUUAGCGGCCUUGCCAACCUGCCCCGCAAAUACCAGCUCAUUGCUACCCCCCGCUGAACUGGGGCGUUACUACAGGCUGAUUACCGUGACCACUAGUGCAAAGAUCUCACAGAUAUUCAUUAAUCUAAAGAUAAUAUUUUUUUAAUAAACCAUACAGGUAUAUAGAGGAAUGAAUGUUAUGUUUAGACAAAAUCUAUUACAUCAUUAAGUUUUGAUUUUGAAUAUUCACUGAAUCCACUAUAGCCUCUGUUUACACAGCAGAUUUGUCUGAAAUGUUUUGUUUCAAUAGAAGCUUUGUGUAAGCACAUUAUAUUAAGGUGCUGCUUAUAGAUAAUAGACAGAGCUUGAACUUGAGCUUGAGCUUGAACAGAGCUUGCACAAGAGAGGAGAAGUUCAUUUAGAGUUACCAGCCUCAGAAAUCACCAAUUAACAGCACCUCAGAUUAGAGGCGUUAUGAAGGCUUUACAGAGCAUCAGUAGCAGACAUAUCUCAAUAUCAACUGUUCAAAGGACAUUAUUGUGUAUUUCGGCCGACUUCAGCAUUGUUUUACAAUGUAGAAAGAAAUAAACAUCAGGAAAGACCAUGGAAUUAGAAGGUGUGUCCAAACUUUUCACUGGUAGUGUAUAUACUAAGAUAAAGACCCAGACUAGGGACAUCAAUUAAAAUAUAAGAAAUAGAUAUUUAAUUUCCUAUCUUGAAAAUAUCACAAUAUAUUAUUUUUCUCUAAAGUAUUUAGCAGUACAAAUGAACUGCAUGCAGCUAAGAAGGGUCUUUGGCAUACCUCACUAAUGACUGUGUCUGAGUUGUUAUACAGUACAAAGCAUGUCAAAAUGAGAGAAAUAUCUCACUUUUAAAGGUUCUUCAUCUUUUAUUUCUUUUCGUUUUAAUGUUGCAGGAUUUUCACUUUGCUGAAUACUGUCUGGUGAUAUAGAAAAAUUAUUAUUAAUAUCAGUAAGUUUUUGCUUUUAUCUUGUGAUAUUUAACAAAACAAACUGACAUGUAAUAUUCAUGCCCCCCCCCCCCUUUUUUUUUCUUAUUUCUAUAUUUUAUUGGGCUGGCAUGACAAAAGGACAACCUAAAAUUGAAAAGCAGAUACUGUAGAGAGAUACUAAGGAUAAUAGUAACCUAUAUGCUAAACACUAUACUAGUACUUUGGAGUUGAAGCUGUUAUGUAGUGUUUGUAAUACUUCAUGUGACUACACUUCUAAGCAAUACAGCUAUAUGAUAGAUGAUUGUGAUUCAUGCUGUAGCUGGACCAUUCACUUGUGGAUGCGAACGAGGAAUUCAUGCUCUUCAUCCAUAGCUCUGUACAGUCGAGGUAAGCUUUCCGGUCCUCUUUACUUUUAGACAAAGCCACAUACAACAGCCUGCUGAACAACUGAACUUUCUCUUCAUGGCUUCCACAGGAGAGGAGUAGCAUACAAAGCUAUUCCCAGCACACAUCAAGAGAUCUCAAACACUUGAAUUAGCACAAGGACUUUAGAUCUGUUGUUUGUUGCACUCUGUCUUGCAUAUGACUUAUUCAUUUUUUUUUGUGUUUGUGAAUGCUCACUUUUUUUUUAAUUGUGUUUUGUACUAAUUAAAUAUUCAUAUACAUAUG